CCUGGUUGGCCAGUCGCUGUGUCACUCAAUAAAGGAGUCCGGUGGGAGGGCUGGCGCUCAUUCUUAAAGGGACAGGCGCCCUUUUGCAGCAUGGCGAUGGCAAGGGACCCGGAGCACUCGGACGCUCUUCGUGCAAGCAACAGAUCCACAUCAUUCACAGAUGGGUUUUCAGCAGCUUCGUUUGCAGAGUACCCAAGGAACAAACCUUUCAUUAACACCGACUUGGAGCGAUCCCCUGUCAGACCAGUUACCGCGUAUCCAGAGAGCAACAGCAGAGCAAUAUUCUCAGCUCUAAAGAACCUGCAGGAAAAGAUACGACGGUUGGAGCUGGAAAGGAUUCAAGCAGAGGAGAAUGUGAAAAACCUGACCAGAGAAACUUCAGAUUAUAAGAAAGUGUUAAAUGAGCAGCUGAUGGAACGAGAGCAGUCCAAGAAUGAGGUCUCCAAGAAAAAUGAAGAGUUGGCAGGACACCUGGAAGGUGCUGAGGCACGCUGUGGCCUUUUGGAAAAGCAGCUGGAAUACAUGAAGCAGAUGAUAGCGCAGGCAGAACGUGACAAGGGCUCUGUCUUGGAGAAGCAGGCCACAUUGGAAAAUGAGCGAAUGUUUGACCAAACCCAUUUGAAAUCUAAAUUGGAAAGGCUGGAUCUCCUUGAGAAAGAAUAUGUCAGGCUUAACACAAUGCAGUCUCUUGCAGAGAAAAAAAUGGAAGAGCUGGAAAAGAAACUUGAGCAGGAGGAACAUGCGCGGAAACUGGUGCAGCAAAAGGCUGCCGAGCUUCAAUCUGGAUUGGAGACAAACAGGAAGUUGCUACAGGCACAAACCCAGUUGGUGCACGUAGAGACACUGCCUUCGAAACCAAAGAAGUUGAAGAAGAAAUCAAAACAUCUAGAGAAGAAUGACUCCACAAUUUUCCAUUCCCAUGCACAGCCCCAUUACAGGUUACGGCUGGGUGACGUACCCUUUGUAGCUGGAAAGUCCACUAGCCCUAGCCACUCAGUAGGAGCCAAUGUCCAACAUGUGCUGCACCUCAUGAAGCACCACUCGAAAAUGCUUUGCAACGACCGUGUGGUCAGUGAUGUCCCUUUGAGUGAGCAGACGAGCAAAGGCAGGAGAUCAUCCGUGUCGUCUACUUCAUCCUCAUCCCAGGGAGACCUGUCUGAGGUGCUGCUGACAUUGCAAGACGAGCUAGGACAGAUGAGUUUCGAUCACCAGCAGCUGGCAAAACUCAUCCACGAUGCUGUCUCCAUUGACUUACGGGAAGACCUGGAGAGGGAGUUGGAAGUCCUGGUGAAAAAGAUGGAGGCCAAGGCUGAACAGAUCUCCAGAAUCCAGAGGCAUCAGACACGGCUGAAGAAACACAAAGAAGGGAAGGCCAAGCGGUAUUGUGCCCAGGAGUCCCAGGCCAGUACAGACGGGAAGGUGACUCCUGCCCCUGUCAAGGUGAAAUGCUCUGGGACCAAGAAGAGGCCUGGUGAUCGGGGCAAGAGGAACCUGCAGUUGCUGAGGGACAUGCAGAGCAUACAGACCUCCCUUCAGAAAGAUGACAUCAGUUGGGACUACUGAGGCCUCUUAAAGUGUGUUUAUUUUGGUUUUAUUUGCACCUUGUUUGUUCUUCUCCCUGAGGCCUAGCUGGCUUCCCUGCUCGGUGAAACAUGUACGCAUUGCUGCACUUUCAAAAUGAGAGCCUCUCAUUUUCCAUGUUUACACCUGGUUGCAUUACGGCCCUAAUCCUGAGAGAUCGGAGAAAGGGGAACAAGACAAUCCUGCUAGUAUUUCAAUAUGCUACAUUACAUUCCUGUCUCUGACGACUUUGAUUUUGAGCUUCCUCCUUGUCUUAUAACUCUGCCUGAGAUAGUAGACUCCAUUUUUUCAACCUGGAGCCACUAUUCUUCUCAUGCUGGAGGUGAGGCAGGCCAGAUCUUAUUUCUACAGAGCUGAAAGUGGGACCACGCAACCCCUGGGUUCUCUAGAACAAGAUUUUGCCCCAAAUCACAACUCAGGCCAACACUUUUGGACCAAACAGUGGGACAAAAGGCAUACCGUAAGCUGUGGGGGUUUUCAUUUCUCUCCUUCAGCUCUUUUAGACAUUUUGCAUCUUCCAUGGCCCUUUUUAAUGCUUUUUUAAAUAGACAAUCUUUUUACACAAAAAGUAUUUUUAUGCAGUCAGUUGAGUGGUCUACUCUGCCUCUCUAACUUGAGAAAAAACUACCACUUUCCAAUAUGGAAUUUUUGCAAAGGAGCAAGUAGAUGAUCAAUUCCCUUGACAUGAAGUAGCAUGAUCUUUUUCCAAAAACCAAAACACCUCCCACUUUUCAUUGAGGAGGCUGUCUUCAGGGAUUGAUCCAUGGAAUCCAAAUAAUGUGGUUCCACAAUGGAACUGAAUUGCUUCUCGAUUCUUUUUUUACCAGAGAUUGUGAGGUCAGCUUAUACCUUUUUUGAAAAAUCAUAAUGCCAUGGAUCAUGCUGUUCUUUUAUGGGCAGCUUGUUUUUAACUUUCAAGUGUGCUUCACUGGACGAAGGUAUUUGUGGGCUGCUGCAAUACAGAAUGACUAGUUGUCACACUUACACAUGCAGAUAUUAUUUAUUACAUUAAUAAUGGAACGGCUUUCCAAUGAUUGGAAUGUACUGAUGACUCAACAUUGCCCGUGCUAUUUGAGGCUUGAUUGGAAUCCAAUAAAGGCAAAUUGCUAAGUCACAGAA